GCUCAACUGCUCUUUAUGAUUGGAGAAAUGGUUGUGAAUAGGACUACAACUUAUCAUAUAUACUCAAAUAGGAGUUCAAUGUUUUUAACUCGGACUACAUUUUCCGUUUGUUCCAAAUUUACCCCUAAUAUCUAAAACCCUGCACGCUGCCCCUUUCUCUUACCCGGACAAAUUCAGCCACACACUUCAACGAAAGCUUUGCUGAACACCACGCAGCACACAAAGAGAUAAGGCAGUCAUGCGGCGGCAGCGAGCGCAGUGACGGCGAGCGCGGUGGUACCUGCAGGCUCGAGCGGCGCGGCAGUCAUGUUUUUCUCCUCGACCGGCUUGCUAUGCUCCUCUUUCUUCUAGUCCCUUCUUUUCCUUGCUCGGCAGCAGGCUUGUUUUUUGCUUUAUUUCCUUCUCCGGCUUAUUUUCUUCCAUUAUCUGCUCCUCUAUUUCCGGCACGCACAUCGGCGACAGCAGCCGCAGAUAUUGUCAUGGAAGAAACAAUUGUGGCGGUGGCAGAUCCGGAAGUAGUAGUGAGGCGCGAAGAGAUUGGGAAUUUCAAAUUUUUUCUCCCCUUAUUUUCAGCUUCUUUCAUCAAUUUAGGUUAUCUUUUAAUUUUGAAUUUUAUCCGUCCUCUCCUCUUGACUUCGACACUAGCAAAAGCACAACCAGCUUCCAUUGUUUGUGUUUUCUUUAUUUUAAGAUAGGAUUGGGUGUGCUUGAACCGAUUGCCUAGUUUUGCUCCCCCACUGACUCAAUUUUGCACGCUCUCUGUGUUGUUCUGAAUAUGACAUUGAUGAGAGUAUUGAUUGUACAAAACAGAGCAUAAGAUUGAGAUUUGGUUGUUUCCUUAGCUUGCAAUUAGCUAUUGUAUUGCGUGACCUCCUGAGCUAAUGACUUUCUCAUUCCAUGCG